CGCGCUGGCCACCGCACCACACUGCCGUCCAUCGCCCCGCCGCCAUCUCCUGCGCCUCCUGCUGCGACGACUGUCAUCCACUGAUGGCAUUGCCUUGAAAACUCGCUUUCACCGGCACCACGCCCUAUCGACUGUAGCUUUAACUAUAGACACCGCAGACACGUAGAAUGGCGUCCAAGAGGAAGCACGCGGCGAUGGAGCCCGAGGAUGUUGAGCCCAUAGAUCCAGCCGACGAGCUGAUGUUUCUGUGCCUCGGGGGCGGCAACGAGGUCGGCCGCUCCUGCCACAUCCUCCAGUACAAGGGCAAGACCGUCAUGCUCGACGCCGGCAUGCACCCUGCAUACGAGGGCCUCUCCGCCAUGCCCUUCUACGAUGACUUUGAUCUCAGCACAGUAGACGUGCUUCUAAUCUCACAUUUCCACGUCGACCAUGCCGCUUCGUUACCGUACGUCCUGGCCAAGACCAACUUCAAGGGCCGAGUCUUCAUGACACAUCCUACCAAGGCCAUCUACAAGUGGCUCAUUCAGGACUCUGUCCGUGUCGGCAACAUGUCGAGCUCGUCAGAGACUAAGAUUCAGAUGUACACCGAGCAAGACCACCUGAACACCUUCCCCAUGAUCGAGUCCAUUGACUUUUACACCACACACACUGUCUCUGGCAUACGCAUCACUCCUUACCCUGCUGGCCAUGUUCUUGGAGCCGCCAUGUUCCUGCUUGAGAUUGCCGGGCUGAAGAUUCUGUUCACGGGAGACUACUCGCGAGAAGACGACCGUCACUUGGUCUCUGCUUCAGUCCCAAAGGAGGUCAAGAUCGACGUUCUCAUCACCGAGUCGACAUUCGGUAUCUCCACACACACCCCGCGCGUUGAGCGCGAGACACAACUGAUGAAGGCCAUCACCGACAUCCUGAAUCGUGGCGGCAGAGCGUUGCUUCCCGUAUUCGCCCUUGGACGAGCUCAAGAGCUGUUGCUCAUUCUGGACGAGUACUGGGGUAAGCAUCCGCAGUACCAGAAGGUCCCGAUCUACUACAACUCCAGUCUGGCCCGUCGAUGUAUGCAGGUCUACCAAACAUACGUUGGCGCUAUGAACGACAACAUCAAGCGCCUUACCAAACAGCGAUUCGCUGAGGCUGAGGCUGAGGGCGACGUGGGUCGUCGUGGAGCCUGGGAUCUCCGCUUCGUACGUUCCUUGAAGAAUUUGGAGCGCUUCGAUGACAUGAGCCCGUCUGUCAUGUUGGCUUCGCCGGGUAUGAUGCAGUCCGGCACGUCUCGCGAGCUUCUCGAGCGAUGGGCCCCAGAUCCGAGGAACGGCGUCAUCAUAACAGGUUACUCGGUCGAGGGCACCAUGGCGAAGCAGAUUGUGCACGAGCCUGAGCAGAUCCCAGCAAUCAUGACAAGAGCAGCGAACAACAAUCGCCGUGUAGGCCAGAAGGAGAACGAGCAGAUCAUGAUCCCUAGACGUUGCACGGUGCAGGAGUACAGUUUUGCUGCUCACGUCGAUGGCAAGGAGAACAUGGAGUUUGUGCAAGAGGUUGCGGCACCUGUUGUUAUCCUUGUUCACGGUGAGAAGGGUAACAUGACCCGCCUGAAGUCCAAACUCCUCGGAUUCAACGCGCACAAGACAGUACCCACAAAGAUCUACUCGCCAGCCAACUGCGAAGAACUACGAAUCCCUUUCAAGACCGACAAGAUCGCCAAAGUCGUUGGGUCGCUUGCUGCUAUCCAGCCACCUUUACCUCGCGCCUCGAAAACACCCGACGGAGACGGUGAGCCUGAACAGUCUAACGAAAACAACGACAGCUCGGCUUUCAUAAGUGGUGUCUUAAUUCAAAACGACUUCAAGAUAUCACUCAUGGCGCCCGAAGACCUAAAGGAAUACGCCGGUCUCACAACGACCACGAUCGUAUGCCGCCAGCACCUCACACUGUCCGCUGCGGGGUCUGACCUGAUCCGCUGGGCGCUCGAGGGUACAUUCGGCGCUAUCAAGGAGACAGAAAUCACCGACGAAGCCGUCGAUGGCAAAGAAGCAAACGGCAACGGCAUGAAAGAAGACGCCGACGAGGAAGUCAGCCGCACAAGCGUGCAGUUUACAGUCAUGGAAUGCGUCAACGUUCUCGUCAAACCCGGCGGCCAUGUUGAAGUCUCAUGGGAAGGCAACGUGAUCAACGACGGCAUCGCCGACGCCGUGCUUGCCGUUCUGUUCACUGUCGAAAGCUCACCUGCUGCCGUCCGCCAAUCCUCCCGCCAACACUCACACUCGCAUGGCCACCCCGAGAAGCCCAAGGCCACUAAACACCACCCCCACGCCACAACAGACCCGACCACGCGCCUUGCGCGCCUGCUGCUCUUCCUCGAAGCGCAAUUCGGCGAGGACGCCGUAAAUCCGAUCCCCUACCCGCGCUCCUCUGCCGCCAACCCGGCAAACAACACAAACGGCACUGACGUCAAGGAUGUGCCCGCCGAAAUCAGCGCGGAAGACAAAGCGGAGCUCAAGCGCCUGCACAACAUGGGCAUUCCCGUCCCCGGCAUCGAGAUCAAGUUCGACCGGUUCACGGCGAAGGUGUGGCUUGAGGAUCUGGAUGUCGAGUGUGGGAAUAAUGCGCUUAAGGCGAGGGUCAAGGCGGUGGUGGAGAGGGGUGUUGAGACGGUUAGUGGGCUGUGGCGAUGAGAGCAGUGGUGAGCUUUGGAUGGCAGAUUGGUUGCGUGCAGCUUCACACAGCACAUUGAUAUUCGACAUUUUAAUCCGAGACAGCUCGUAGCUAUCUAUUUUGCAAUCCGACGAUGAAAUUCACAC